UCAACAUCCGGCGACACGUCUCCUGAACAGGAGAACAGGGCUAUAAUCCCCCAGACACAUCCAGACUGAUUUGAGGCUUUGCUUUCAUUAUAGAUAUUGUCCAUGAGAGACUUUCUGAACACUUGGCUUCACUUGUAACAAUCGUAGCCAACCUGCGGGGCUUUAGACACCGUUAGACCUUCAAAUGGGGGAGGUGAGGAAGCUGCAGAAGAAGUUAAGGCAGAUUGAAAAUCUGGAAAUAAAAAUCAAUCUUACCCCAGAGGAGAAAUUCAAGAUCUCCAGGAAGGCGGAGCUGCGCUCCAGAUUGGCUGAGCUUCAGCUGCAGCUUUCUGGCCCGCAGCAAACUCUUGGGAUUGUGGGAGACGGAAAUAAGGAGAAGAUGAAAAGACAAGUGGAUGCUACCGAGACCCUUCCAUCACAAAUGCCUCCAGCCUCCAAAAUCCUUAAGGGAGAAGCAGAGUCCAAAACUACAGGAAUGCCAGCGCUGGCUGCCAGGCAGAGGGCGGCAGGAGGAAGUGUAGCAGAGACGGGGGGACUGCAAGAUGGGACUGAGACGGCCAAGGUGUCACUUCAGAGCGGAGACGAGUCAGGAUGCUCUCCAGAACAGCUCUUGCAGCAGGAAGAAGCAGAGUUUUUAUCCCUCAAAGCGUCCUGGGAGAAAGUGAGGUUUCGCUUGAGGCUGCUGGAGGGUCACAACGACAUAGUCACCAGCGUGGUUGCUGUUGACAACCUGGUGGUUUCUGGAAGUCGUGACACAACGGUGAAGGUGUGGCACGUUCCCACGGCAACAGAGCAAAAGAACCUGGGGGGCCACACCGGCGGAGUCACCUGCCUGUCUGCACCUCCCCCUGAAUAUUGCAGGAGACUGGCCUGGUCCCUGUCCUUGUCUGAUAAAGAGAGGUUUAUUUUGAGUGGCUCUGCAGACUGCUAUGUGAAGAUCUGGGCUCUGAGCAUUGGCCAGUGUGUUAAGUCCGUCUACACAUUCAAUGCGGUGACAGCACUCUGCUUUGCGCCUGAGGGGGACGGCUACAUCAUCAGCGGUUCAGACGGGGGGAAAGUUCAAGCCUGGAGCUGGGACACUUUCCAAAACUGCCAGUCAGUCAACGCUCACCAGGAAGCAGUCACCUCCAUCCAGUCUCAGGGUCCUCUGGUUUUCAGCGGCUCUGCUGAGGGAGGGGUGUCUGUGUGGGAGAACCGGUGUUCGGAACGAGACCCCCUGAAGCUACUGCACCAUUGGACCAGCCAGGUGACGGGUCUCAGCGGGGGGGCGGAUGGGCGUCUCAAGCUCAGCCCGCGGGGAGACCGAGUGUUCCUGGCUUACGGUCGAGCCUGGAUCAAAAUCCUGCACUGGAGGACAGGAAUGAUAUCCAGGUUGACCAAUCACAGCAGCAUCACUGGCGUGACAGAUUGUGUUCAUCAGACGGGGGGGCUCCUAAUUGGCUCCUGCUACGACUUGGCGAACGGAGAGAGCUCCCUUAACUUGUUCUCUCUGCCUCAGUGUCGCUAUCUGGCCUCCCUGACCUGGCCUGAUGCUCCCAGAAUCCUCUGCUUUGCGGCGUGGACGACUGGUAGUGGAGACCACCGUUGGGUGACCGGGGGCCGAGACCUCAUCGUAUGGGAGCAGCUCCCCAUUUCUGGGAAGCAGAGGGGUGACGUCACAGUAAAGAGAGACAGUCGGAUGGACUCGACGCUGCUGGAGUCAGAGGGGGACACUGAGGAAGACGAGGAGACCGACGAUUACGAGGAUAAUGAGGACGAAGGAGGAGGAGGAGGCGUCCGCCCUGCAGCAGCUGACAACGGAGCAUCCAGCUCGUGGCUACGCUGUGCUCUCCAGUGAAGCUCGGGACUCCACGGCCUGCAGCCAUCAGCAGGAAAUGAGAGGGUGGGAGACAGAGGAAGAGCAGGGGGGAUGAAGUGACAGACUGAGUGCUAGUCUGGGAGGAAGAGGAGGGAGCAUAUGGACAGAGAGAGUAUGAGUGAGAGUGUGUGUGUGAUAGGCAGAUUGUUUUCUAUGUAAAUAUUUUCACAUCUAAUAAAGCUGUCAAACUCCGAGUGCAAA